ACAACAACAACAACAACAACAACAGCAACAGCAACAACAUCAACAUCAACAUCCAGCCCAGCGCGUCUCCCUCCCUCCUCCUCAUUAGCAGAAGGAGCCGGUGCUCCUGCCGCUGCCGCCUCUCCUCCUCUUCCUCUCCUCCUCCUCCUCCUCCUCUCGCUCCCUCCACGCGACGCAGACUGGCAGGCGGCGCGCGUGGAACUCUCCGUUUUGUGCCUCGUCUCGACGCCCUCGAGCGACAUGGGGAGGAAGUGAAGCCGAGCCGCUCUGAGAACACGCUCAAGCCACCAGAGAAAGUUUGGUUACGUCAGAAACGCCUGCCCUCCAGACCGCCAGCCCAGUUCUCAUUGGAGGAAUGGCGUGCCCGUCGGCCGUGCACCAGUGAUCGGGCUGCUCGCUGGUCCAUCCAGGAGCCUCCAGUGGUGACGUCUCGUGGAGCCACAGAUCAAAGGUGAGGAGGCCGUUUCACCACCGCUGGAACUGAAGAUUGCUUGAAAUAAGCAAGUCCUAGCAGAAGGUUUUUAAGUCAUGAUGCAAGAAUCUGGGACGGAGGCGACGAGCAAUGGACCAGCCAAUCAGCCAAACGGGGGAGCCGCCGCCGAGGGCGCGCCCGGCCGCGAGGGACGGCCCAAGAGUGCCACGCCGUCGCUGGAGGUGACCGCAGCGGACCUCCUGCAUCUCCAGCAGCACCAGGCUCUUCAAGUGGCUCGACAAAUACUCCUCCAGCAGCAGCAACAGUCACAGCAACUGCAAUCGCAACAACAAAACUCGGGCCGCAAAUCCCCCAAAGCCAACGAGAAGCAGCAGAACCUGCAGGUUCCAGUGUCAGUGGCUAUGAUGACACCUCAAGUGAUAACUCCACAGCAGAUGCAGCAGAUCCUUCAGCAGCAGGUCCUGAGCCCUCAGCAGCUCCAGGUUCUCCUCCAGCAGCAGCAGGCCCUCAUGUUACAGCAGCAGCUCCAAGAAUUCUACAAGAAGCAGCAGGAACAGCUCCACCUCCAGCUCCUCCAGCAGCAGCAGCAGCAGCAGCAGCAGCAACAUGCAGGCGGCAAGCAGAGCAAAGAGCAGCAGGUGUCGGCGCAGCAGUUGGCCUUCCAGCAGCAGCUCCUGCAGGUCCAGCAGGUCCAGCAGCAGCACCUGCUCAACCUUCAGAGACAGGGACUGCUCACCAUCCAGCCCGGACAGACCGGCCUGCCGCUGCACUCCCUCACUCAGGGCAUGAUUCCAGCCGAGCUGCAACAACUGUGGAAGGAGGUGACGAACGCUCACGUGAAGGAUGAGCACAACAACCACAGCAGCAGCAACAACAACAACAACAACGGCCACCGGGGCCUCGACCUGUCCUCCCCGGCACCGCCAAAGAACCCCCUCCUCAACCAGCACGCCUCCACCAACGGGCAGUACAUGAGUCACAAGAGAGAAGCAUGCACGCUAGAGGAGCCCAGCCCCCACAGCCACCCGCUCUACGGCCACGGCGUCUGCAAGUGGCCCGGCUGCGAGGCCGUCUUCGACGAUUUCCACUCGUUCCUCAAGCAUCUUAACAAUGAGCACGCCCUGGAUGACAGGAGCACGGCCCAGUGUCGAGUGCAAAUGCAGGUCGUACAACAGCUGGAGCUGCAGCUAGCGAAAGACAAAGAGCGUCUGCAAGCCAUGAUGACGCACCUUCAUGUCAAGUCCACGGAGCCCAAAGCCACGCCGCAGCCGCUCAACCUGGUGUCCAACGUCACGUUGUCCAAGUCGGCCCCCGAGGCCUCCCCCCCUCUGAGCCUCCCGCAGACCCCCACCACGCCCACGGCGCCCCUCACGCCCCUGUCCCAGACCCACUCCGUCAUCACCGCCAACAGCCUGCACAGCGUGGGCCCCAUGAGACGGCGCUACUCGGAAAAGUACAACAUGCCCAUCUCUCCAGAUAUCAGUCAGAACAAAGAGUUUUACAUGAAUGCAGACGUCAGGCCGCCGUUCACGUACGCCUCACUAAUAAGACAGGCGAUCCUGGAAUCUCCAGAAAAGCAGCUAACACUAAAUGAAAUCUACAACUGGUUCACACGAAUGUUUGCAUAUUUUAGGCGCAACGCAGCAACGUGGAAGAAUGCAGUCCGGCAUAAUCUUAGUCUUCACAAGUGUUUUGUGCGAGUAGAAAACGUAAAAGGGGCAGUGUGGACAGUGGACGAAAUAGAGUUCCAAAAGAGACGGCCUCAGAAGAUCAGUGGAAGUCCAGCCUUAGUGAAGAACAUUCAGACCAGCUUGGGCUAUGGUCCGACCCUCUCUGCCGCCUUCCAGGCUUCGAUGGCAGAAAACAACAUACCUCUAUACACUACUGCUUCCAUUGGAAGUCCCACCCUCAACUCCCUGGCCAACGCCAUCCGCGAGGAGAUGAAUGGAGCGAUGGACCAUGGAAACAGCAACGGCAGUGACAGCAGCCCGGGACGCUCGCCCCUGCCAGCUAUGCAUCACAUCAGCGUUAAGGAGGAACCACUGGACCCCGACGACCACGAAGGGCCGCUCUCCCUGGUCACGACCGCCAAUCACAGUCCGGACUUCGAUCACCACAGAGAUUAUGACGACGACCAGGGCCACGACGACAUGCUGUAAAGGCUUCUCUCCUUUUGGUUUUUUUAAAUUCCAAACGCCGCUGACCCCCGGCCCCCGGCCCCCGGCCCCCCCACCUCACCUUCCUCCUCCUCCUCCUCCUCCGGCUCGGCAGAUCACCUGAACUUGAACUGCAGUCUCAGCCACUGAUCACGGCUCCACCUUGACUUUUUUUUAGUGCCAUUAUGAGAGACACACAAAAUAUCCUCUUUUUGUUUUGUUUUUUUUCUCAUUUCUUUCUACUUUUGAUUCCCAGAAAGACUAAAAAAAACUGAACCUGGUUUCUACUCGGAUGGACUUUGAUUGGUACGGGAGGGAGGAGGCGCGGGGGGGAUGCUGUUAAGAACUUUUGGGGAGACCCCUCCCCCCUCCUUUAUUUUUUGGGACAGACUGCCAGUCACCACCUACUCACCCUUACCAUCCUUCUGUCUGUGACACACACUCACACACACACACACACACACACACACACACACACACCAUCAACUGUACAGAGAGAGAGUGGAUGACUGACGUUUAAUUUCCAGUGUGUGUGUGUGUGUGUGUGUGUGUGUGUGUGUGUGUGUGUGUGUGUGUGUGUGUGUGUGUGUGUGUGUGCGCGCGCGUGCGUGUGUGUGAGAGAGGGGAGAGCGAGCGUCCACUUCUCUUCAUGUCACUGCCUUCAGCGCUUCUCAUUGGUCUGAUUCCAGAAAGACGGGAGGCUUUCUUCUUCUUCUUCUUCUUCUUCUUCGUCUUGUUUUAUUUCCAGGGUGUGUUUCUCAUCAGUGAGAGGUGGACGGUUACUAAACAUCAACAUAAUGUGUUUUUCUUCUCUCCAUCAUCGUUCAGUGCUGUUUUAUAUGUGGCAUCCUUGUUGUUGUUUGUUUGUUUGUGAAUUAUUCCUUUGAAACGGAUCAGACCUCAUGUCCAUGCUGUGGAGAUUCUGCCUGCUCAGCACUUGAUGAUGAAUGUUUGGGAUUUUAUUUUUUUAAAUCAUAUUUUUCUGUCAUUCAUUCCCCCAACCUCCAAACAACAACCCCCCCCCCCACCUCCUCCCCCCAUGAAGACCACUGGCGAUGCACUACUCGUAAUGAAGGCUCUCUCCACGCAUCAAUGAAGUUUAAUUUAAGAUGCGAAUGAAUGACAGAGAAAUCAUGCAGGUUAUGAUUUAUCCUUAUGAAAUUACACUUUAAAGCGGCGCCUGGCCGCACGCCUCGCCGCAACACAAUUUCUGAUCACUUACAAGCUCCAGGUUUUUUUUUUUUUUUUCUUUUAAAUCAAAAUGAAUAUGUCAGGUGUGCACCGGCGAGAUAAUGAUUUAGACCAACUAAUUGUGAUUCCUGAGCGCGACCGUCGCCGUUCAUCAGGCGCGUCUGCUCCCUCCCGCCGCCGCCGCCGCCGCGCCCCCAGAUAAACCUGCAUUCCCCGCAGUUUUAUUUGUAUCACUCGCAUGGCCAGCUUUGAGUUUGAACGCUUAAUAAUUGAAAGGGGAACAAUCCAGUUAGCUGCAAUAAUAAAGACAGAAAAUCCAUCGCACAUUCCAGCAUUUCCCAAGGCCCCAAGUCACCAACAAUCACGAUAAAUAAAGAAAUGGAUCCAGCUUUAGGUGGGGAGUUCAAUCUAAAGACCACAAAUUUCAAGACUGAUAUCAACCACUUUAAAUUCUUUUAUUUAUUAUGGCUUUUAUUAUUAUUAUUAUUCCAUGUUUUUUUUUUGUUUUUGUUUUUUGUUUUUUAGAUGUGUUUUAAUAUCUUGUUCUGUGACUACCAAAGAUAAAAAACAAAAAAACAAAAAAUAUAAAAGGGUGUGUGUUCCAUGCAAUAUCAGAUAAGGCCAAAUAUCUGCUGCGGUUUCUCCCCUGGACUGAAGCUCGUCAGACUGGUGUUCUCAUUCUGUUUUUCCUCUUUUACUUUAAAUAAGAAACCAAAGGGAGCAGCGUGAGUGUGACUGAGUGAGUGUGUGUGUUUGUGUGUGUCUGUUUGUGUGUGUGUGUGUGUGUGGGGUGGGGGUGUCUGUCGUGGGGGGGGGGGUCUGUUCUGCAGCGACCAAAACGAGGAAGGCGCUCUGACAGUCUGACUGCACGAUGACCAAAUUAGGAAAAAAAUAAACUGUUGUUUUUUGUUUGUUUUUGUUUGUUUCAAGGGGCCAGUGAGUAAAAACACAAAACAAAGGGAUGUAGAUAGAAGUGGACGAGGGGGGGGGGCGGAGCGGGAGAACAAUGUGAACGCCACCGUGUGCUGGACCGGACCACGAUUCAGUGUUUUAUUCCUCUUCUUUGUAUAAAAAACAAACAUGAUUGUAUGCCACUCUCUCUCUCUCUCUCUCUCUCUCUCUCUCUCUCUCUCUCCCUCUCUCUCUUUUUUUAAUUUUCUUUCCUGGGUUUUUAGUUCGUAUUAAGACUGUCGAGACUUCAUGAUUGUGUUUUAGUUUCUGUCAACUAUGACUUUUUUUAUAUUAAAAAAACACUCCUGUCCACUGAUAAGCUGGGUACAAGGUACUUUCGUGGCAGUUCUUGUUAUUGUUGUGAUUAUUUGGGUUCGCCGCUCGCUCACUGGAGCAAUCUGUGUUUCUGUUCUGGUCUCUUUUUUUUGUUUUUCCCCCCUCCCCUCCUUCCAGAAGAUGUAUUUAAUAUCCAGGCAGCUGUGGGAUGGGUCAGUUACAGCCGGGCGAGGGAUCGUGAGAACAGAGCUCAUCCACCCCCACCCCCCUCCACCCCCACCCCUCGGCUCUACACUCGUCUUUUUUUGGGGGCUUUUCUAGAGAAAAAUUCAGGAAGAAGGGGGAUUUUUAAACAAAUAAAAGAAAAAGAAGGAGCAGUGUUAGAUUAGACCCUCCUCAGCAUGUGUAGCUGGACUAAAGAUAACAGCAUGAGAAAAGCCCAUACCUCCAGUGGAGCCUGUAGGGAGCGACGGUCCUGCAUGUGUAGAGAAAAAACAAACAAAACUGAUGAAGAAGAAAAAAAAAAAAAGAAAUUAGAGCUUGUUUGUCUUUAAAAAGUUUUUUUUUUUUUUUUUUUUUUUUUUAAGCCAAACCGAUCCAAACCUCAGGCCUUUUCUGUUGGAGUGUGUUUGCAUGAGUGUGUGUGUGUGUGUGUGUGUGUGUGUGUGUGUGUGUGUGUGUGUGUGUGUGUGUGUGUGUGUGUGUCAUCUCCUUCUCAUACAUGCUGGUAUAGCCUUUGUCUUCACCCCCAGCUUCUCCUUCUCCCUCUCUCUCUUCUCUUCUCUGUUGCGUUGGGACGUUUGCUUUAAAGCUUUGUAUUACCGGCGAACUCGCUCUGAGACGAACUGCUGUAUGUACUGGAAAAGCAAACCGUGCUGCAAAUGUAUUUUACUUAGUAACCCUUGCUUUGACUUUUAAAAAAAAAAAAAAUGAAAAAAAGACCAAAAAAAAGCAAAAAGAGGA